CCAAAUCCCAACUUUUCUCUCUUGUUUACUCCUCUAGCUUUUUCCAAUUAAGCUCUGAUUUGCUUCACCUUUCAGAAACACAACACAUUUCUCAUACACCUUCCAGCCAUGGUUGCUGCUGGAAAACUCUCAGUGGUGGUCGUUAUGGUGCUAGUAAUAGCCACCAUUUCCAGCUCUGUUUCCGCUGAACCUGAUAUGCUCCAAGAUGUUUGUGUUGCUGAUCUCAAUAAUGCUGUGAUGAUGAAUGGUUUUGCCUGCAAGGCAAGCUUCAGCGCACUAGAUUUUUUCUUUGCCGGUCUAGCAAUGCCACAGCCCACCAACAAUAUGCUGGGUUCAAACGUGACUCUAGCUGAAGUGAUGCAAAUUCCUGGCCUCAACACCCUAGGUGUCUCCAUGGCCCGCAUCGACUUUGCCCCCGGCGGCCUUAACCCACCCCACGAGCACCCACGCGCCACCGAGAUAUUGUUCGUUCUCUACGGAGAACUGGAUGUUGGGUUCAUUACCACAGCCAAUGUACUUGUUUCUAUGACCAUCAAACAAGGUGACAUAUUUACUUUCCCUAAGGGUUUGGUUCACUUUCAAAUUAAUAAUGGGAAAGGACCGGCCGCCUCUAUCUCUGCGCUCAACAGUCAGAAUCCGGGCCGCGAGGACAUUGCUGCCACGUUGUUUACCGCCAUGCCCACGGUGUCGGAUAGUGUGCUGAGUAAGGCUUUCCAGAUAUCAUAUCAGGAGGUUGAUUCAAUCAAGUCAAAGCUUAGGGGAAAGCCCUAGAGGGUGCUUUGUAAUCUGGGGUGGGUAUGGUGUAGGUUUUCUUAUUGUUUUUUUUUUCUUGUUAUUGUUGAUCGAGAUAAAGAUUCAUGGUUUCACGAAAACAAAUGGUGGGUCGUAAAGUAAAUCAUUGUUGUAUUUGAGUCCAUUUACCUAUGUAUUCGAUUUCGCUUUUUGUAUUUUUACUGAAAAAUAAGAUGAGUGUUUUAAA